GAUUUUAAGCAAUGCGAAUAAACUUACUGCUUUAGUUAUCUUGUAUGAUUUUGUUUUAUACAUCUUUUGAGAGUAUGAUUCAUACUUAAAUACAUACUAUUGUUGAGUAUAUUUAUUCAAUUGUCGUGCAAUACAAUGUAACUAUUAAUAGAAUUUGUAUUCUUCCUACAAGAUAAUCAUAUAUGUCAAUGGGCAAAACAUACUAUUGCGACUAUUGUGACAGAUCUUUCAAAGAUGAUGUCGAAGCUCGUAAAAAGCAUCUAUCCAGUAUGCAGCACAUGACAAAUCGAGCGAGUCAUUACAGCACAUUUAAAGAUCCAGAAACAAUAUUAAAGGAAGAAUACUGCAAAACUCCAUGUAAACACUAUAUAACCAUUGGAGACUGUGCGUUUGGUUCUGCUUGUCGAUUUUCGCAUUACACACCAUCAAUGAUAUGGGAACUUCAACAGCUUGCGAUGAAAAAGUCCAAAGUCUCAAUAGCUCAACCUAAGAAUGGCUGGCCAAAUUCAGAAGAUAUUAUCAAGGAAUAUUUCGAGAAUGUAAUCGACUCGAGCAACACCGAGGAUCUUAAUCAUUUGAUGUGGAACGCACCGUCAAAAUUAAUCGAUUAUCCUUAUUUACCACCUUCUUUGCAGCCCAUUAUGUCGGAAAGAAUGAUGGACUGCAAUUUUAGCAAAUGGGGUUAAAAGACUGAUUUUUAGAAAUUCUAAAAAUAAACGUAUUUAUAUUGAUAAUCCUAUCGUGUUCAGCUGCUCGAAGUGAUAAUCCCAAAUUGUACAUUUACCUCACCAAGCUUCGAACUAAACAACAAUCGGCGUUGCUAUCAUUCAAACCAGAGAGAAACCUGA